GAUUGGCUUUCUUCUAUUGCUGGUGAAGCUAUUAAGGGAUGGAUACCAAGGAGCGCAAAUACUUUUGAAAGGUUACAGCAGAUUGGGCAAGGAACUUAUAGUACUGUUUAUAAGGCACAUGAUAUAACUAAUUAAAAGAUUGUUGCACUGAAGAAGGUAUAUUUUGACAGUCUUAACUCUGAGAGCAUCAAGUUUAUGGCAAGGGAAAUCCUUAUUCUACGUAGGCUCAACCAUCCAAACAUAAUAAAGUUGGACAGCUUGAUAACAUCACAAACAUCCCACAGCUUAUACCUUGUUUUUGAGUAUAUGGAAUAUGAUCUUAAAGGACUUGCAUAAAAUCUUGCCAUUAAAUUCUCUGAACCACAGCUAAAAUGCUACAUGCAACAACUUUUUAGUGGAUUGGAUCAUUGCCAUAGUCAUGGUGUCCUCCAUCGUGAUAUAAAGGGAUCAAAUAUUCUCAUUGACAAUAAUAAUGUCUUAAAGAUUGCAGAUUUUGGUUUGACAAAUUUUUUUGACCCCCAUCAUAGUGUUCCAUUGAUAGGCCGUGUUGUGACUCUUUGGUAUAGACCACCAGAACUUUUACUUGGAGAAAAUUAUUAUGGAGUUGCAGUGGAUUUGUGGAACACUGGUUGUAUAUUGAGAGAACUAUAUAGUGAUAGACCUAUAUUGCCAGAAAAAACAGAGGUUGAGCAGAUACAUCGAAUUUUUAAACUUUGUGGUUUCUCAUCUGAUGAUUAUUGGCUAAAAUUGCUGUUGCCACUUUCAACGGUAUUCAAGUCUCCACACCAUUAUAAGAGAUGUAUUGCAGACACAUUUAAGAAUUAUCCACAUACUACUGUGAAGCUCAUAGAGACUCUACUAUCUAUUGAUCCAACACAUCGAGGACCAGUUGCCACUGCUCUCAGAAGUGAGUUCUUUACAUUGGAACCUCUGCUUUGUGAUCCAUCAAGCUUACCAAAAUAUCCUCCCAGCAAAAAAAUUGACGCCAAAUUGUAA